AUGCUGCUGCUGCUGCUGCUGGUGAUGAUGGUGGUGGUGAUGAUGGUGGUGGUGGUGAUGAUGGUGGUGAUGAUGGUGGUGGUGGUGGUGGUGGUGGUGAUGCUGCUGCUGCUGCUGCUGCUGCUGGUGAUGAUCGUGGUGGUGCUGCUGCUGCUGCUAUUGAUGCCAAGUGGAAGGCGGGAGCAACAGCAGCAACAGCAGCAGCAGCAGCAGCAACAGCAGCAGCAGCAGCAACAACAACAGCAGCAACAACAACAGCAACAGCAGCAGCAGCAGCAGCAGCAGCAGAAUGGAGUAUUGUUGUGUGUAUGCAGGCGAUAA